AGGGCGGUGGCGCGGGCGGCGAGCGCGGUGGCCCGUCCCGGUCCCGGUCCCGGUCCCGGUCCCGGUCCCGGUCCCGGUCCCGCCGCCGCCGCCGCCGCCGGGAGGCGAUGGCGAUGCCGCCGCGCUACCUGCACAGCCUGCCCGCCUGGGUGCUGGAGGAUCUCUGCCGGAAGAUGGACUGCCUCAGCGACCCCGACUGGAUGCGCUUCGCCUCCUAUGUGAUAACUGACCAAACAGAGCUACGGAAAAUCAAGUGCCUGGAGAAGACGGGGAUCAGCAUAACGAGGGAGCUCAUGUGGUGGUGGGGAGUGAGGCUGGCGACCGUGCAGCAGCUCCUGGACCUGCUGCAGGGGCUGGAGCUGUACCGGGCAGCCCAAGUCAUCCUGGACUGGAAAUCGGCCUCUAGUAUUACCAAUUCCGAAAAUAAAGAGUUGGCAGAGCCACCUAAAGAGGAGAAUAUAUCUUUAACUCCUACAGAAAAUAAAAAUAAAGAGAGAGAAAAUGAAAUAAGCCUGUUGCCAUCACCAUACUCUUCACAAUUGGGAAUAUCAACAGCAGGAAUUUCAGACCCUAUUUCUGCAGGAGUUUUGUGUUCGCUCCCUUCACCACCACCUCCCCCAGAAGACUUCUUGAAAUCCUUACAGUCUAACCCUUCUGUCUCAUCAAGUGUGAAGCCCUGCAGCUCUUCUACUCCUCAGCAGGAGACGAUGACUGAUCUCCCCAGCGGAAGUCUUUUGUGGACCCAGAGGGAACUUACUAAUGCCACAAAUGGUUUUAGUGAUGAGAGCAGAAUUUGUGAAGGUACUUUUGCAGAUGUCUACAAAGGUCAGAGGCACAACAUAGUGUACGUCAUCAAAAGACUGAAAGAGGUGGAAUGUACAAGUCCAAAUUCAACUCAAAGAUUCUUUCAUACAGAAGUACAGAUUUGCUUUCGGUGUUGCCAUGUUAACAUUUUGCAGCUAGUGGGUUUCUCAGUAGAAACUGGAUUACACUGUCUGAUAUAUCCAUACUUGCCCAAUGGAUCACUACAAAACAAACUUCAUUGUCAAGAUGAUUCUGCUCCACUGACCUGGGAGACGCGCAUUCGCAUUUCCAUAGGACUAAUCCGAGCUAUACAGUACCUACAUAAUUCUGGAAUUCUUCAUGGUAAUAUCAAAAGCUCAAAUGUCUUGCUGGAUGAAAACUUUACACCAAAGCUCGGACAUUCAGGUCUACGAUUGUAUUCUGUUGAUAAGAAAUCGGAGUAUGCUAUGAUGAAAACCAAAGUCCUACAAACUUCUCUUACUUAUCUGCCAGAAGAUUUUAUCAGGCACAGGCAGUUAUCAGAAAAAGUUGAUAUAUUUGGCUGUGGUGUGGUCUUAGCAGAGAUACUGACAGGAGUUAAGGCACUAGAUGAAGGAAGACACCCUAUUUAUCUGAAAGAUAUGAUUGCUGAUGAAAUUCAAAUAGUGAAAGAAAACUCAUGCUCCAAGGUCAAAAAUUUUGAAAAGCUAGCUGCAAAGGAAAUAUGCUGUAAAUAUCUAGACAAGAAAGCAGGACACUUGCUGGAAGAGAUUGCUGUUGAUUUUGCACAGGCCAUCUGCUUUUGUCUGAGAAAAAAGAAUCCUAACAUAGCAGAGGUGCUUGAAAUUAUGGAAAUAGCUGAAAAUAAAUUAAGAGAGUGUAACAUUUGUGGAGGCAGCACUUCUGGAUUUUCCAUGAACACUCCAGAAGAAACAGAUGAUGAGACAACUAGCCUCAACGUGGAUGGUUCUUCUCGGGAAAAUAAAGAGGACAGCGCACAGGCAAAGACCAUGACAGGUGCCAAUCCAUGCACACCUUUAACAAGAGUUGUGUCACCUGACAUUUACUGUGGACAAAUGUCAAGGGUGCCUUGUGAAUCAGAUGAAUCAAGCAGUUUUAUAUGGAAUUCUGUGGAAGGGUCUACAGAUGAGCUAUCUAGCAACAGUUGUUACAAUUCAGAAGAUACCACAGCCUCUGCAUACAGGAAAAAGGAGGAAAGACCUGUGAACGGACUCCAGGAAAGAAACAUGGCAUCCAUCGAAAGCAAUGAAAACUUGGAAACAAUGUCUACUGCACAGAGCACCUUUCAACGAAAAAAUGCAGACCUUGAUGCUUCAUGUUCUUCACAAGCAUUAGCCAGAGAGACAUCUUGGAAAAUAAAGAUAAAUGAUCAAAAAAAGAAGCUCAUGGAAAAUAUUUUACUAUAUGAAGAAGACAAAUUAAACAGCUCUGAACUAUUUGAAUCUUAAAUUGGAUGGAUUUAUUAGCAGUGACCAGUUCAGAAGAAGAAAUAAGGACUGUCUCUUCAUUAGAAAGAUGGUAAAAGUGUACCUUUCAUAUAAGGUUGAACAGCAGAUUUUGACCAGAAAUAUUAACCCUCUCUGAAGAAAACAAAAGUGAUCACAUUUGAGAUGAACCAAAAAAUACAUGUUCUAAGCAGAUAAAAACAAAAUGCAACUCUAUAAGCAUAAAUGCCUGCCUGCCUUCUGAUCUGCAACCAAAAAAAAAAAAAAAAAAAAGCCAAAUACCAACAACUACCAAAAUAAUUUUCAAGGUUCUUUUGCAGUGCACUUCAGAAAGUAUCUGCACAUAAUGUAUCCCUUAUUUUAAAAUCACAGUCCUAGAAAUUACAGGGCAAGUGUUGAUCAGCAAAUAGUUACCAAUACUAUUAUCACAUUGUACACAAGCAGACAGAAAUCUCUGAAGAGACUGAAGAUGAUUUCAAUUUACAAAAGAAAUAUUUCUUUUUAUGUAAUGUAUAAUUUUAUUUCACAUACUUGGAAAACGUUCUCUAUCAGAGAAUUUUUAUGCAAGUUCUCAGAUGAAUUCAAUUUGACUCUUUUUCAAUGUGAAUUGCACUGAAAAUUUUAAGUAAAUAAUUUAAGCCACAUUAGUCUGCUCUCUGACCUACUCUACUAGCUGUAUGUAUGUGAUACUGUCUGAAGUUUUGCUUUUUUAAGUUUCAUUGUCAACAGCUCUAAAACAGUGUUUAGUACUUUGUAAGGGUAUUUUUUGAAGUUAAUUUGUGUUCUUUACAUGUUAUUAAAGUCUCUUGUUUCACCUGGUAACUAUUAUAUAUUUUGGAUUAGGAACAAGAUUUUAAUUUAAAAAUAUUUAAUUUUGUCAUGGGUCAUUUGAAAUUUUAUUUGUUAAAUUUCUUUUGGCAAUGAGUAAAUGAAUCAGUGAAAGAUAAGCUAGUAAGUGGACCUGUUUGUGGAGCCCUACUCACUGAGCAUUCCCUGAGAAGGAAUUUCUUUGUGUGUGUCUUGUGACUUACCCAGCAACAGUAGUAGCUCUGGGGUCAUUGCUCUCUGAUCACUCUGAAAAGAAAAAACUUACAUGAAGUCCUAUUUAUUAUCAAGUGAAAACCCCUCAAGAAAGAAAGUGUCACUUUUAUUGUUAUGACUAUUUAUUAUUUGUCUUACUGUUUGCAUUUUCCAGUCUUGUGUAGUCUAAGUAAAUACAGGUUUAUGAUGAGCAAAAAGACUAUGUAGUUUAGCAUACUGUCGAAGGUGACUGCUGCCUCAGUAUCAUGGAUAAUCAGGCCCAAUGUAUGGAAAUGGGCAAAAUUCCCACCAAAGUUCAUGGAGUAUUUGAAGAAGCAUACAAAUUUAUACAUAAUUCUUCUCAAUGGAAUUGUGUAAAGGUAUAACUUUCCAAGCUUUACAUUAAGCUUGCUGAGUAAGGCCUCAUAGCGUCUACAUUUGUAUAGUUCAUUGUGGGUACUGUUAUGCACAUUUAAGAGUAUUUUAACUUAAAAUCUGAGUAUUAUAACCAUCUACACAUUUAUUAAGUGGAUUUUUACACUAAAAGCUGAUAGAAUUCCUUAAUUAAAAGUGCCUUGGACACUGUUGAUAUGUCUUCCAGUGUCAGGUUGUUUUAGCAGAUUCAAAAAAAGAAAAAAAAUGGUACUGACAUUAAAAAAAAAAAAGUAUAUUCAGGUUAAAAAAAUUUUUUGGAUAAGAUUUCAUUGAGAUACCUUAUGGUGCUGAAAACUUAAUAUUGUUUUUGAUGUGUAUGUUUUGGGAGAUCCAUGGCUGAUACCUCAGGUCUCUUCCAGGAAGAAAUGCAUACAGACACAUUCACAGAGCUGAAUGAAAAACCUGACACUUUUUUUUUUUUACUUUCUAAAAACAAUUUAGACAUAUUUUUGUUUCACAAAAAUACUUUAAAGGUCUUGUUCUCAUUUCAACACAGAACAAAAAUACUGAAGCUCAAAUUGUUAUUCUUUGCCUUUUUCCAUGUUAAUUUUUAAGAUAUUCUGAGGGAAUAUACAUGGUUUUGUAGCUUACAUAAUGUACCUUAAAUAAGGUACAGCAUAGUCUAUGAUAACGGUGCUCUGUGACCUAACUGUUGGCUGUUCAAUGUAAUGUAUGUUUUAAUCUUAACUUGGCAAAUUUAUAAUUCAUUAAUAUCUUUGUGAAUAAAAUACUGAAAAAGCCCUUUC